AUGAUAAGGUAUUUAGCUCUUAAUGAAGCUGAUCGUAUGUUGGAUAUGGGAUUUGAGCCUCAAAUAAGAAAAAUUGUGGAACAAACAGACAUGCCUCCACCUGCAGGAAGACAAACAAUGCUUUUCAGUGCCACUUUUCCUAGAGAAAUCCAGAGACUCACAUCUGAUUUUCUUUCAAAUUAUAUAUUUCUAACUAUGGGACGCGUUGGGUCAAGUACUGAUUUGAUUGUUCAAAGGGUGGAAUUUGUUCAAGAAACUGAUAAAAGAAGCCACCUUAUGGACCUUCUUCAUGCACGAAUAGAUAAUGGGUCAGGCAAGCAACCUCUUACUUUUUUGUCGAGACAAAAAAAGGAGCCGAAUCACUUGAAUAUUGGCUAUGUGGCAAUUCGUUUCCCGCUACUACAGUUCAUGGAGACAGAACACAACCGCUUGAUGACACUUGAAACUGUUAUUAAAAAGCUUAGUGAAGGUGCUGAGAGUCAAGGGGGUCAUGUUCCCUAUCGAGACAGCAAACUCACACGUAUUUUGCAGCCUGCACUUGGUGGGAAUGCAAAUACAACCAUCAUCUGUAACAUUACCUUGGCACAGAUUCAUGCUGAUGAGACUAAAAGCAACCUUGUCACUGAUUCCAAUGUCAAAACAGUAAUGGAAUCAGCCAUGUCUUGCCAGUAA